AUGCCUGGACAACAUGAAGCUGCCAUUCUCCCCCAGCAGGGUGGUCCCUUGUCUCUUGGCAAGCGUGCCACCCCGGACCCCGGUCCAAACGAUGUUCUCAUCGAGGUCAAAGCCGUUGCCUUGAACCCCUGCGAUCAUUUCCAGCGUGACUAUGGCAUGCCUCCUGUUCCUAUCUAUCCUACUAUCAUCGGAUGCGAUACUGCUGGUGUUGUUGCCAAGGUUGGCUCUAAUGUCACUUCUACUGGUCCAGGAAGCCGAGUCAUUGCGUUUGCCUCAUCAUUCUAUCAGAACGGCUCCCCCGAUCAUGGUUCCUUCCAAAAGUACACAUUAGCACAAUCCGAAGGCGUCAUCCCACUUCCAGACAAUCUCACCUUCGAACAAGGCGCUGUAUUUCCUUUAGCUGUCUUGACUGCCUGCACUGCCUGGACCACAAUCGGUAUUCCGCUCGACACCAAGUACACUCCCGCGGACAAACAAGCAGUCCUGAUCUGGGGCGCAUCGAGCAGUGUAGGUACUUUUGCCGUUCAAUCAGCCAAGUCACUCGGCUUCACUGUCUAUGCCACCGCAAGUCCCAAGCAUCAUGACCUCGUGAAGAAGCUCGGAGCCCAUGCAGUUUUCGAUUACAGGGCAAGCGAUGUCGUCUCUCAGAUCGUUAGCGCCGUGAAAAAUGAUGGCCUGAAGCUGCAUGCUGCACACUGCGUCGUCGAUGGAGCUCUGCAGCCAACAUUGGACAUCCUCAGGGAGACCAAAGGCGACGCACACGCUAUGGUUGCACACUCACCCCUUCUCCCAGAGGGUCACCCUACCCUCGAAAACACGCAGAUCACUUUCAAUUUACCAUCUAUGGACGAGGCCGCGAGGAACAAGCACAUUAGUAAGGUCUUCAAUGGGUGGCUGAAGACCGGACUGCAGUCCGGUGAGGUAAUUCCCAGCCCGACUAUACAGAUCGAGGAUGGUGGUCUGUGCGGGAUAAACGCAGCAUUGGACAAGCUCAAGAAUGGUGUUAGUGGCACUAAGAUUGUUGUGCCGCUCUUAUGA